UGUUUUGCACAGCAGAAUAUAUUUUCAUGAUAUAAUCGUGCUAUUACAACUAUUUAAUAUUAAAUCUUAUUUCUUUAAGGAUUUUGUAUUUUUGUCCAUAAAACGUACCAGCAUUCUUUGUACUCUUGAUGCCUAAACCGAAUUACUAACUUGCAGUAUUAUUUGCAGUAAUUCUGUUUACUUGUGUUAAUGGUUGUCGAUUCCGUGUCGGGGAUCAAUUGUCAUUUUUUGUAAUUAUUAAAACUAAAUUAAAUAUGUUACUGAAUAUUAGCAAGUUGACGUACAAAAUUAAACCAUUAAUGAAUUAUAGAGUUUAUUCUAAGAAAAUAGAUGAAAUACUACCAAAAAACUUAUUAGAAGACAUCUAUACAGCAGCACAACAAAAGCAAUUAGGUGUAAUUUAUGAUAAAAGACCAUUUAAAAUUACACUAGAGAAAGACAAAAAGUAUAAUUGGUGUUCUUGCGGUAUGAGUCGACAACAGCCAUUUUGUGAUGGUACUCAUAAAAAUCAAAAAUUUCGAAUAACAAUGAAACCAGUUCGAGUUCAAGUAGCAGAAACCAAAGAAUAUUGGUUAUGCAAUUGUAAACAAACAUCUCAUCGACCAUUUUGUGAUGGCACACAUAGACAACAACAUAUACAAGAUGCAAUUAAGAAAUAUUGAUUACUAGUAUUUUUUGUAUAUUUUACGAGAUAUAGUUUUUUUUGUUUAGGCACAUGUUAUUUUCAAGUGGAAAAAAUAGUUUUUCAAAGAAUUUUUUUAAAAAAUUGUGCUAUUCUAAAACUUA